ACAGCAACAAAAACCACAUUAUCAUUAUGGUCAACUGUCAAAAACAAUAACGUUAACAGUGCUUAAACAUCACCUCUGCUGCUCUAACACUCCUACUACUUAUACUACUUACUACUAAGUCAAAGCAUGUAUGUGCAUGUUUUUCAAAGUGUUGUAUUAAAUGUUUAUACUACUAGACUACAAGUUGUAUAUAUGUAUUUCUUCUGACCAUCCGUCCCCAAAUGUGGCUUUACAGAAUAUUUUUUAUUUAAACUUUGAAGUUUACAAAUAAAUAACAAUUACAACAAAAUAAAAAUACAAUAAAAUUGUUAAACAAAAGUUUAUUUAAAUAUAAAAGCAAAAAGACAACAUUCUUUUUUACCAACAUGGGUAGUUUACCAAAUCUACACGAACUUGAACAAAUAGAGCGCAAACGCGAAAAACGCCGAGAACGUGAAAUGCGUGAGCAAUUGGCGAGAGAGGCGAGUCGUGAAAGAGAACGUUUAAAUCAGAGAAAGCAGCAUUCAACCUACAAUCCUUAUUUAAUGGCUGGUUUGGGUAUCGGAGGCAUUGCACCACACAAUCCAACAGCAACUGGUGUUGGUGGUCCGAGUGCACCCGUUGCUGCACCUAACCCACCCGGUACUCUUCCAAUUGGUGGGGCAGCCCUCUUAAGCUAUGGUGCUGGUAUGGGUGCGGGUAGCGUUGGUGCAGCCGCACUAAAACAUCAUGCCCACCAACAUGGACCCCAUCAUUAUCGUCAUUCAUUGACAAAUCGACAUCGUGUAUUGCGUACACGAAGUUCGGGUGCAACACACAAUAUAUGGGAUGAACAGGCCUUGGAGCAUCUACCAGCCUAUUCUCCCAUAUCGACUAGAUCGCAUCGUAUCAAUCCGGUAUCAUCAUAUCAUGUACAAGCUGCCCUGGCAGCUUCACGUCGUCGAGAAUCUAUAAAUAGUUCCAUAGGAGCCACCUCGAUACGACGACUAAUAACUCUUAACAAUCGUAAUUGCCGGCAUAAGAUACCAGCUCAUGUCAGACAGAAAGUUGGUAAAUCUUUCACUUUUCUUGCCUUGGCUCAUGGUCUGAAAUGUGCUGUCCUAGUGCCAAUAUUUGGUUUACAAGGCUCCAAUUCGGUAUGGCAUCAUCGGGAAGAAUGGCUGCAAGUAGGUCCUAAUAUUGGUUCUCUACUGCUCAGUGUGGGCUUACUUAUAUCUGCGUGCAUGUGUCUGGUUACGCCUAAACUUAUACAUAAAUUUGGUUAUUCCCUGCUAAUGGGUGCCAACUAUGUGGCUGUGUGUUUAUUUCUGCUGUGUCAUUUAUAUCCCUCAAUAUAUACUCUGCUGCCUGCUUAUAUACUAUUCGGCUUGAGCCAUAGUCCUUCGUUUAUAAGUAAAAUUGCUGUGGUUGUCCACUAUGGCAGUAAACUGAGUUGUUCCCAGCAUGAAUGUACUCUGCUCUCUUCACAUGCCUUGGAUUCUUGGGAGGAGCAUAAACUGUUUUGUAAUCGUGAUCAAAAAGUGAGACGUUUAGCUAGAUGGUUUCAUGCUUCCAAAGACUUUGGCAUUAUCAUAGGCGCCAUAAUAGCUUCACUAGUAUUAUCGUGCACUUCAAGUGAUUGGAAUUGUCCGGGUGCAAAUACAAAGCUACCUGCUACUACUACAACAACAACUACUACUGAGUCCAGUAUUGCUAAACUUUUGCUACCAGCUACCAAUUCUAGUGCACCUUUAGCGGCUGCUUUUCAAUCAUUUAUACCCAGUACACCAUAUGUUUGGAAUCAUUUAAACGGCUUUAAAAAUGAAUUCUAUAAUCUAGAUGAACAUGGCAAUCGCAUUUGUGGUGCUGAUAUGUGUCCUCUGUGGCAUAGUGAUCUACAGGCGGAGAGUUAUGCGGCAGGCAAUGAAACCAUAUAUUCUAAUUUUAUAAAUGAGAAACCCCGAGAAGGCAGUUUUACUUUGAUAGUGAUAUACUUGGUGUUUGCAACUGUUGCUUUGGUGUUCUCCGUAUUGGUAGGUAAAAUUCAUGCCACUUUUCGUCAUGAACGGAUAAAGGGUAUUACCGAUACGCUACUAUUCGCUGGUCCUUUGGCAUAUUUUAUUGGUACCGAACAGGCUUAUAUUUUGAGUGACUUUUUGAGGGCCUUUGUUUCUUGCUCUUUGGGCAUAAAUAUGGUACCAGGAGCUAUAAUAGGAAUGGGUAUAAUGCAACUGAUUGUGUCCGGAACUUUAAGUAUGCUGCUGAGACAUACUAAACGAAUAGUGGUAAUAUUGGCCGGUUUCUUCUUUCACUCAUGCCUACUGCUGGCCCUCUCCACCUGGAAACCCUCUAGUGAUGAUAGUGCACUAUUCUAUGUCCUGGCCGCCUCAUGGGGUGCCUGCAAUGGUAUGUGGGAGACACUAUUACUCGCUCUUGUAACACUAAAUCAUGCAAAUCAUGUAGCAGAGGUAGCAUCACCAUUACAAGCGUUACGUUUCCUAGGUUUGGGUAUAACAUUUGCUGCACAUGGUUUUAUGUGUGAAACACCGAAAAUCAUAACAUUAGUCAUAAUACUGGUGGUGAGUGUGUUGCCAUAUGCAAUGUUGGAAAUACGUUUGGAAUCACAGCGCAAAGCUCAGCUAAAUAACUUAUGACGUAAUCUAUUCACAUAGUCAAGAAGGCACAGUACUAUGGCACGUACUCAUACCAUGUAAAUAAAAGUAACAAGGACGAAAUGUAGUUAGUGGCAGCAUUAGUUAGUGGCAUAUUAAGGAAUACCAAUAUGUGUGUAGUUAAUUAAUUGUAGUUAGCAGUAUUUGUUUAAUUAAGAAAUUAUUAGCUUAAGAGCUUUUGAUUAUUAAAUAUAGAAAUAAUGAAAAAGCUUUUCGAACAUGAACAAGUUUUAUGGCUUAAACAAAAGUUUGACUAAUAGAUAAGAUAUAAAAUUUGUUAAGAAGAUUGUUAAAAUAGAUAUAAACUAAUGAAGAUCAAGUAAUAUUUAUUAAUUAUUAAUUUAAAAUUAAUUUGUUAAAAAUUUUAUAUAAACACUUGAUUAUAGGAAAAGUAGAUAUUAAAAAUUAACAAUUAAGCUCUUAAACUUAUUAAAAUUUAUAAUUUCUUUCGUAAAAAGUUUAUCUUUCAUUUUCUUAAAGCUUUUACAAAUGCGAAACUUUAAAGUUUUAAAAAGUAAUCUGGUAAACUUAGCAUUACAUUAAAGCUUUUUAUUGACUUGUUUAAAACUUAGCCAUGGGUAAGCUUAACAGUUAAGCUUUAUGUUUAGAGCUUUUAGAGCUUUAAAUAUUAUAUUGUUAUAGAUUAAACCACAGAAAUAAAUCUAAAAGCUUUUUAAAAAUAAACUUAGAAGCUUACGUUAAAGUUGUUAAAAUUCCCAAAAUUAAAAUUAACAUUUCAAAAGUUUUUUUUUCACUUGUCUCAAGCUUUGGCAGAAUGCAAGCUUAACUUAAUAUUAAGCAAACUAACACACUAAAAGCUUUAGUAAUGUGAAAGCUUAAAAGCUCUGUUUUAGAACAAAAAAUAUUGUUUUGUAACCAUAAUUUAUGUAUAAUUUUAAAGAACUUUUUUCUUGGAUCUCCUAGAUCCUUUUAUUAAACUUUUUACAUAAAGAUUUACAAGAUCAAAUUAAAAACAUUCCCUAGGAGCUUAACAUUAAUUUACACAAUCCAUGUAUAUACAUAUAAUUAGGAAGCAAAAUUUAAAUAAAAAAUUGUUGCAAAAUUUUUACGUAUUUUUAAAAGGA